UUCCGCUCUCAAAUGCAAUUCGGCUUUAAAAGAUCGCGUCCAUAUUUUGACAACUCAAAUGACAAAUAAAUGCGUCAUAGAUCCUAGACUUUACGUUGAAAGUCUAGACCGUGCCUUUAAAUGGCUUAAGUCUAAUAACGAAUAUAACGUCGGUUGGAUCAAGGCUUACUUCCAUAUUCUUAAUCGUUAUCUAAAAACCAAUCCCAAACUCAAUAAAGUAAUAACUAUGAGUACAACUGUUAAUAGCGAUGACCGAAUUAUAGGUGCUAGGAUAAAAGAAGCCUUUCUAGAAAAUUGGCUACAGAUCACCUCCUUACACCCAAACAUUAGCUUUGCCGAAAUAUUGGAAAUUCACUCAUGGAUUAUCAAUGCGUUAAUUACUUAUUGCAUCAAAUUGUCUGAAUUGACUCUGAGGCCAUUCCUUCUAACUAUGAAGGAAUGGGCACUGGCUGAUGGUACCUCCAACGUGAAAUUCAUGUUAUUUCUAGAUUUUAUGGAAGCUCUAGCCAAACACUUGGGCGUGUUAUUUUUGUUGUUUGCUGAUAUCGUAUUUGAACCAAUGUUAGAUAUUUUGAGCAAAACGUGUGAAGGCGAAGAGAGUUGUCAUAUGGUCCUAUGUUCCUUGCACAUUCUGGCCAUCUGUAUAUCCAUAGACGAUGGAACAUUUUUGACCAAGGAUAAAUUUAACCAUCUCGCUGGACCCCUAGUCGAUCAGAUAUCAGACCGAGAAACUUCGAUCAAGGAUACUCGUAACCAUAUUAUAAACUCAACCAUCCCCAUUUUGGCUGACAUGAUAAAGUCUCACAAAGACGACAUCGAUUGGAAAAAUAUCAACCUACUUAUAUUAGACAAAACUAAACACACCAACCCUAUGGUAAGAAUAUCGGCCAUUAGAUUGCUCAAAGAUGUGUAUACAAAAUGUAGCGAAGAUUAUCUCACCCUUUUGCCUGACAUGACUGGCCAUUUGGCUGAAUUGAUAGAAGAUGAUGACAUAGAAGUGGAGAAAGAGUGCCACUCCUUGGUGAAAAUUAUUGAGAAGCUGUUAGGGGAACCGCUGCAAAAAUAUUUUUGACAAAUUUUCGUACAUUUUUUAUUUUAUGUUUUAAGAUAUAUUUUCUUAAUAAUAUUAAAUAUUAUUAUUACAUGUGUAAAUAUGAUAUUAUUAUUUUUUAAAUGUUUGCAUAUGUACAUUAUAAUCAACAUAAUUAAAUA